GGAUAGUUUUCGGAUGUUUUCCCAGCGAUUCCUGCUGGUUGUUAUAUUGUAAAGUUAGCGUUAGGCAGUUAGGUGUCUGUAUUUUGUUUUAAUGCUUACGAAUCGUAUAAAUAUCACGAAAAUAUAUUUCAAGUAUGUUUUACACUCACGAUCUUCUCGUUGGGCCAAGUGGAAGGUUUUCACUGAUAUGGAGGGCAGCCAUGAAAAAGGAGAAAAUCAAGAAAAAAAAAGCUGGAUGCUCUUGACGUUUAUGAAACAUGCAAAGAUCUAAUAAAGUACAUCAGACCUUCUGCUGAUCCUAGAAUGGGACAUAUCAAGGGAUUCUCACUCCGAUUAUCUGCUCAACUUGUGCAUGGUGUCAUUGUGUGCUUCAAUUUGAAAGUUGCUUACUUUUUGAAUGAGGUCAGAUCAUCAUGGAAAUCUGCAGCCACAAAAAGAUAUCUUAUGCAUGAACUUUGUACGGAACUUGCUGAAUCCAAGAGAGGUCAGAUAUCUAAGCAAAAGGAACAGAAUUUCCAACUUGACAUAAACUUUGAUGAAGAUCCGAUGUUUGGGAAGAUAUUUUCUGAUAACUUUGAAGAUUUUCCGGCGAUCAAACCUCCUCAUACAACCACUGAGGAAUCUACAUCAUCAUCUUCAUCUGAGGGUGGCAAAAAACGUCGCAAGAUUGAUAGACAUGUUGUUGCUGAUAUCAGUCAAAUAACUCUACCAGAAGGAGUAUCUACAACCAUGGAAACCCAGCGAGGUGAUGAUCUCCUGAUUCAGGGAGAAGUAGGACAGUUUCAUGUUGAUGAUUUGCAUGAAUUCGCAAACAUUCCAUCCAUGUUUGAUGGUCCAUCCAUUUCUAAAGAACCAAGUUGGACUGUACAACAAAAUGUCACAACACCAUCUGGUGCUAUGUUACCUGGAACACCUAUAAUGCCACCACAAAUAAGAAGAAGCAGCAGAAGGCAAACCGAUGUUGAUGAAUCCAUACUGGCUGUUCCAAUACAAGAUAUCACAGUUGUUGGACAAGAACAAGAAGAAUUCCAGCUUCCUCAACCAGAAGCAGGUGCAUCAGCGCAAAAUUUAUCGGAAGUUCAACCGCCAUCUCUUGUUCUGGACCCUAUUGAUGAAGGUUUUCUUCUGUCCAAGAAACGUAAAAAAAGAAAAUUAAUCAUAGACAAGAGGAUUGGACUGACUGGAGCCGAAAUCAGGCAACAAUUCAGAACAAAAUCGAACACGAUUGAAGAUGAUUAUGUGAGGGAACAACUGGCAGAGCCGCUGUACAUAGUACCUGCAAGCGUGUUGUUCUCUACACCAGUACUACAAUGUAGUGGGAUAGAUCAUCAAAGGCCUGUACAAGAAAGGGAUUCGACAACAUCUAUUGAACCUGACAUUCAAGAUUUAUUCAAUGAAUCAAUUCAAGCAAUAAGAAGGGAUAUUCAUUUGCCACAAGAUCCAGAGAUUGAAGCAGAUAUUAGUGCAGCAAGAUCAAAAGAUUCGAUGCUUGAUGAAUCAUCCAUGGCUCCUGUGAGAGAUGCAUCAAGGUUAAGUGAACUAGAACCAGUACCCGAACUUGAUCCAUCAUUUGAAGGACCUGCUACAAGAAGAAGAUCAACAAGAAAUAAGAGCAUGCUCGAUAUUCCCGAAGCUGGUACUAGCAAGGAUCAUUCUUCACUAGGAGAAGAUAUAUUUGACAUGGACUUGUUGCCACCAGUACCAGAGCAACCUAGUAGCAUAGAUAUGCCAGAUGUGGUUACAGAACCGUCUUUUCAAGAACCAUUGCAACUGAUUGACGAUGAUAUGCAAUUGGGGAUGGAUCAGUUUCAAGAGGCUUCUGUGCUUGAAAAAGUGAAAGCAUUGUGGGAAGAAUACGAUCAUGUUACAUUCUCAAUGCUUGCUCCAGAACGAUCAACUUCGAGAUCUGAAGCUGCUAGAAGGUUUUAUGGACUACUCGCAUGUGCAAAGGCUAGGUCCGUUGUAAUAAAGCAGAAAGAAAUUUAUGGAGAAAUUAAGAUAGAGCAGCGGCCACUCGUGGUGUGAGAUUGAUGGAAGCAUAGAAGUUUAUAACGACAAAAAUUUUGCUUAGUUCUUGUGCGUUUUUGAAAGAGUUUAAUAAUGUUCACUCCUUUUAUUCAAAAGUUUUUAUAAAUUUCUGUUCAUUGUUUUUAGAAUAUUUUUAUCAUUGCCAUUUUAACAUUUUUAAAUAAACGAACGUCCUUGUUCGGCAGCACU